GGGCGGUGGCGGCGGCACGCGGAGGGAGGCUGCGUCGGUGCGGCGGCUGUGGGGCAGAGAGCAGGCCGCCCAGGCCCGCCCGCAGCUCCUCGGGGAUGGAGGUCCUGGACGAGUUCGACAGCGAGUUGCCCCAGAGUGUGACCUUCUGCCAGCUCAUCUCCGAGGAGGACUUCGAGAGGCAGGCGGCCACCUACACGGAACGCGCGCUGCGCCGCCUCUUCCGCAGCAUCGACCGCAACCCGGCGCUGGCCGAGAGGGUGGUGCGCAAGGGCAAGCUGGCCGAGUACGAGGGGCGCGGGCUCCUCUCCUUCCUCUGGGCAAAGUUCUUCUGUGCAGUUCAGGGGGAGCUGAAUUGUUGCAACAGCAUGGGUGCCCUGGAGAUGCACCAGCGCCUGGAGCAGCUGAAGAGGAGCAUUCACCGCGUGCACCUCUACUCUCAGGAUGCCAAGAAGAAGAGAAGAAAGCCAAAGCCGAAGAAACCAGAACCCAUCCUCUUGCGAGACCGCUCAACCUCCCCAUGCCUGCCACCAGCCCUGCUGCCGCCUCCACCGCUGCUGUCACCUGCCACCACCAUGGCCGCCGUGGUGGCCUCAUCACCCCCUGUCUGCACUAUGCCUCGGGUCUUUGGCCCCUUCCCUCCACUGCCCAGCAAGUCGAUGGAGAAGUUGGAGGUUGCAAGGCACAUGGUUGAUCUGACCCCCUUGGUCCUCAACCCCGGAGGCUUCCAUUUCUCGUACCUGGCUGGAAACAGUGCACACAAGCUCCGUUGCCCUGGCUUCCCCUGGACCUCGGCUUGUAGUGGUCCCCCCAGUACUGAGGAGACACCACUCCCUCCUGUGAAGGCCUCCAUCUUCACCCCGCCUGUCUUGCUCAAGUUCCAGCCUGUGCCAAGACCCAAAGAUGACUCUGAGAACGACCCUAGCAGCACAGAGUCUGGGACCCCCAAGAGGGGCCCAUAACCUCUUCCCUAUAGACCAUGGCUAAAGGAAUGAAUAAAGUUCUCGCGGAGGUGCCUUACUUGUGCUGGGCUCCCUAGAGGCUGUACAAUCCCAUGGACUUCCUCCAGUCGAAAGAGGUGUUCAGGGUAGUGCAAGCCUGAGGCCCCCCUCAGCCUGAGCCUGCAUACA